AUGGAAUCUUUACAGCCUGGACCACGUAACGGGCUAUCCUUUAUCCGAUUCUCCCUGGACACGUUAAUUUUUUUUUUACUUUUUUCUUUUCUACCCGAUCUGAAGGUGAUCGUUUAUAAAGCUCAGACCUUCCAAAGCGUGUUGAGUUAUAACACGGAUUCAGGCGUAUCAGAGCGAGUGCUUUCUCGUGCGGGUUCACAGAUGGGGUCUCCCAAUUUCAUCUCACGCAAUGGGUCGUUGAAAUCGAACCAGACGUCUGCCAAUUCGCUUUUUUCUCUUGGCAAAAAAAAUUACUCUAACCUCCUCCUGAACAAGUCGAGCUACUACUACCAAAAUGACGAGAUAGACGACGAUCACGAUGGUCUGAUACCGUUGCCCGACAUGCUGCUCAGCAACCUGUCAAUCGACGAUUUUUCCGAGCUCUCGCGGGUCGAUUCUGGUUCACCGUUAAGUUUUAAUACGCCACGUGACAACCGCCGAAGAUCAGUAGUGAAGGAAUCUACCGGUGGUAAGAGAAGCAAGUUUAUAUUUAUCCUGGUUGGGCUGCCUGCGGUCGGGAAGUCGACGAUCUCUGCGCAGCUGAUUCGGUUCAUUCAGAGCAAUCCCGCCACACAUUCCUUGCGAUGUUUGGUCUACAACGCCGGGAAAGUGAGAAGGAAAAUGAGCUUCAAAAACCUGGGGAAGCUCUCAAUGGAACUAGCAAAUAAUUCUUCUGACGAUCUUUUCAACCCAAAGAACUCUGAAAAGAAGGAAAAAUACGCUAGGAUAACGCUGGAUAAACUUUUGAAAGAACUCGAUAGAGACGUUUGCGACGUGGGUAUAUUCGAUGCGACGAACUCCAGAGUUCAGAGAAGACAGUUUGUCUUCGAAGAGAUUUGUGCUUAUAACGAGAAUCCAGAGUCCAAUUUCCGUGUUACUCCAAUGGUGCUUCAGAUCACCUGCGAUGAACCGAACUUUAUCAGGUAUAACGUUCACCAGAAAUCGUUUAAUGAGGAUUACUUCGACAAGCCAUACGAGUACGCCGUCCGCGAUUUUGCCCGGAGGCUGAAGAACUACUAUUCUCAGUUUACGCCCUUUUCUUGCGAGGAAUUCAACUCACUUGUGAAGUUAAUCAACGACCGUGGAUUGGGUCAUGGCGUUUUCGCGUACAACAUUGUAAAUACGGGACUGGUGCCAUCGAAGCAUCUGAACAAUAAUCAUUUCCCCACCAAUUUUUCCAGAGAGAUUGUACAGAUGGUGAAUCUGAUGGAAAGCUUUGUUGAACAUUACACGAGGAUGUUCGGGUAUACGUACAUCGAGCGUGUGAAGGAGUUUUUCAACGAGGAGAUGAAGAACGUCGAGGCAAAACCAACUCCUGGGGGGCUGAACUACUUGUCCACGUUGGGAUCGAUUUUGGAUGAAGAAUAUUUCGGUGAGCUUCAGCAGCUGCUAAGACGCAACCUGGAGAAUAUCAACAUUGGCCACUAA